GGAAGGGGGAGGAGCAGGCGGAGGCUCUGCUCUGCUCCCAUGUUGAUGUUUGUUGUUUUGCGAGGGUGGCAGCACUGUGUGUGGACGGGGGGAAACGAGGACUGUCGAGUGGCCUGCCUGGACGCUGUAUUGUGGGAAGCUGCUACUUUUUCUGAAUACGAGGCUGAAUGGAGAAGAUUUUUUAUCAUGACUCACCGAUGAAUACCAUGAAACACUUGGCCAUAUGGCUGUGAGUUUCUACUUGGCUCGUGUUGUGUGCAAAGACACGUCUGUCUGAUCGACGGUCAGUAAGGAUGCAGGAGCUCGCCUGAGAACCCCUCUUGACGUGUGCUCUUUCUCUGGAUUUCCCCUUUUUAAGCGAAGUUCUUCCUCGGCAACAAGGCAAUUUCAAACUAAUUUGUUCGUCUAUAAACUUCUAAACAUGGUUUUCUUUGCUUUGGUUCGAAACAAACCUGGAUAACGACAGGAGCUGCUACGUGACAACACCCCUACACGACACCAGCGUUACUUUCCUUCGAGGUUCACCUAUCCGUGGAUUUAGCCAGCGCUGGGAAUUUUAAUCGGCAAUUAAUGCAUCUCGGGGAGUCCACGAGAGAUUGCGAGUACAGUCAAAUAAGCACUCGCAGCUCCACACCAAUGGAGACCCCUUACAAGAAAAGGACCCCAAAGAAGAGGAAGUGGGAGGCCUUCCCAGGUCGGAAUAAAUUUUACUGUGAUGGAAGGAUUAUGAUGGCCAAGCAGACGGGGGUUUUCUACCUCACCCUUGUCCUCAUUCUUGUGACAUGUGGACUUUUCUUCACGUUUGAUUGUCCAUACCUGGCACAAAACCUGACCUCAGUCAUCCCGGUCAUAGGAGGUGUGCUGUUUUUGUUUGUACUGGGAACACUUCUGAGAACCAGCUUCAGUGACCCUGGGGUUCUGCCCAGGGCUACCCCAGAUGAGGCAGCAGACCUGGAGAGGCAAAUAGAUGUUGCCAAUGGCAGCACAGGCUACAGGCCUCCUCCCAGGACCAAGGAGGUGGUCAUCAACGGCCAGACAGUCAAGCUGAAAUAUUGCUUCACGUGCAAAAUCUUCAGGCCACCACGUGCCUCCCACUGCAGCCUCUGUGACAACUGUGUGGAGCGUUUUGACCACCACUGUCCAUGGGUGGGGAACUGCGUGGGAAGGAGAAACUACCGUUUCUUCUACAUGUUUAUCCUCUCCCUCUCCUUCCUCACUAUCUUCAUCUUCGCCUUUGUCAUCACACACAUCAUUUUACGCUCACAUGAAAAAGGGUUCCUCAGUGCACUUAAAGACAGUCCUGCCAGUGUGCUGGAGGUGGUGGUGUGUUUCUUCUCUGUCUGGUCCAUAGUGGGUCUCUCAGGCUUCCAUACUUACCUGAUCAGCUCCAACCAGACCACCAAUGAAGACAUAAAAGGUUCAUGGUCUUCUAAAAGAGGGAAAGACAACUAUAACCCAUACAGUUAUGGCAAUAUAUUCACCAACUGCUGUGCAGCGCUGUGUGGACCCCUGCCACCGAGUCUCAUUGAUAGACGGGGCUUUAUCCAAUCAGACACACCACAGCUGGCACCACCAACUAAUGGCAUCACUAUGUAUGGGGCCACCCAGUCGCAACAAAGCCACAUGUGUGACCAAGACCAGUGCAUUCAGAGCACCAAAUUCGUUUUACAGGCUGCCGCCACACCCCUCCUCCAGCAGCAGAACAGUGAGCCCGUCAUCCUAACGGCCUCCCCCGAAAACGGAGCGUCUCUCCCUGGCCGUGCCUCACUCACCCUGGUCGGCCCAUGCACCUCACUCCCCCUCGGCCAGCCCACGCCUCCGACGUCCACCCCCAGCCUCAGCUGCCACGAAGCUACCGACAUGAUGCCAGUCCACGGACACAGCCACACACACAACCAUACCCACCCCCUCCAGGAGCAAGUGGCCCACCACCACUUUCUCACCCCAGAGGAAGUGCCAUCGCCACCGGGUAUGCUUCACUGCGGUAGCCCUGUGGGCCACAGCCACACCAUACAGGCCGGGUUCUACAACCCAGUCAGCCAAGACUCACUACACGAGGACUCUGUUAGGGGACUGGUGAAGCUCAGCUCUGUCUGACUAUGGGAUAUAUACCCUUUCAUACCCCCGCCCACCCUUCCUGAAGACAUAAAAUUCUCCUGUGCCACUUUUGGAUCAGCUGACUCCCAUUUGAGUUACAGGCUGCAGCUGCUAGAAACCACAUGGAAACCGACAGAACAAUGAAACCAGUUGUCCUCAGCCAUUGUGUUGCCAAACCUGUUUGCUGGAACUGAUGAGAUGGUUCCAGGUGUCUGUAUGACAACUUAAGACAAACUAUUUUUUUUUCUUAAACGUCAAGGGAAGAAUAACCAGUUAUCUUUUGGAAUCAAAAAAAAAGGAAAAAAAAAAACGGGGGGCGGGGGAAGUGUGCCUUUUCGAAGUGGCACGUGUCUGUAAGCCAUUUUGAGCAAAAACGGUGAGAGAAGUCUGAGUGACUGCUAACGGAUCAAGAAGUCUGACAGAUUAUUUUUUGUUAAACAGACUGGAUCUGAUUUGCCUGUUCCUGAUUGGAUCGUGUGUUCUGCCUCUUUUUUUUUUUUUUUUUUUUUGUCUUGGACUCUUAGCAGUGCAAUGGUUGCUGUCUUCAUGUUGCAUAUCAUCUUGCUUUUUCUAUGUAAAAUAAAAGAGACUUGUACUGUAUAAUGGUUAUUACAACUCUUAGAAACUAUAUUUCCUGUGGAUAUUAAUAAAGCACCAACUUUU